CAAUCAUCAUCCGGCUGUGAGCUGUCAAAUUCACUAAUGCAAACGGAGUUUUCUACAAGUUUUUUGUUAAAUUGUUUCUAAACUCAAGUUUCAUACAAAAAAAGAAUGGCUCGUGAAAGCAGCGCCGGUUUUGAUAGGCAUAUCACGAUCUUCUCUCCGGAGGGCCGGCUCUACCAAGUCGAGUAUGCGUUAAAAGCGAUAAACCAGGGUGGUUUGACAUCGGUGGCGUUGCGCGGGGCUGAAGCGUCGGUGGUGGCUGCCCAGCGCAAGGUCCCCGACCGUCUGUUAGACCCCACCUCCGUCACACACCUGUUCAGCCUCACUGACCGCAUCGGCUGCGUUAUGACUGGCAUGACAGCGGACAGCAAGUCUCAGGUUCAACGUGCGAGGUAUGAGGCUGCCAACUGGAAGUACAAGUACGGCACUGACAUCCCUGUGCACAUCCUCUGCCGCCGCAUCGCUGACAUCUCGCAGGUGUACACGCAGAAUGCUGAGAUGCGCCCUCUUGGAUGCAGCAUGAUGUUGAUCGCCUAUGAUGAUGAAAGUGGCCCCUGCGUAUACAAGACAGACCCGUCGGGUUACUACUGCUCGUACAAGGCAGUGGCUGCGGGCUCCAAGGCCACAGAUGCCAACGCUUAUCUAGAGAAGAAACUCAAGAAGCGCUCCGACCUAUCCACCGACGACGCCAUCCAGCUGGCCGUCGCCUGUCUCUCGCAGGUCCUCUCUGUUGACUUCAAAUCUUCAGAGGUUGAGGUUGGAGUGGUCAGUAAGGACGACCCACAGUUUAGAGUGUUAUCAGAGAGUGAAAUUGACAGACAUCUUACUGCUAUUGCUGAGAAGGAUUAAGAGAGUGAAUUAUUAUUACUAUGUAUCAUUUUAAUAAAGAAACAUUUAUAAAAUGUA